GGAGCAUGGUCCUCACCGUGGGAUGAUCCCACGGUAUACGAACUGAAGUCUUAGCCGCUGCUUCCCGAAAGCUCUGACGGUCUGACCAACACACGACGUAUAGCUUCAUCAUUCCUCCUCUAUCAUUCUUAUGCUGCUGCGUGUAGCUUGAAUUGCGCCCUAGUAUACAUACAGAAGCAAGAAACCCCUCUGUACAUUUAUAUAACAUAUGUAUUAAAGAGAGUAGCAGAAGAUGGGCGAUGAUGUAGAGAAGAGGUUUAAUGCGGUGAUGGACAAGCUCAUUCAAGCUCCUCCCAAAUCCAAUCUCAAUGCUAGCAGUUCAUCAGAAGGUCAGCUCUCAAGAGGCAAGAAAAGACCAAAUUCCUCCUAUGCAGUAGGAGUGAGUGAUCUGAGAACAAAAUCGGCUGUAAGAUUAAGUAAUCUGUGGGGUUCGAGUGGAACAAAUGAAUCGUCUCCUUGCAGACCAUGGGACCGAGGUGAUUUCUAUAGGAGGCUGGCCACAUUCAAAGCCAUGUUGUGGUUUGGCAAACCGCAGGUGAUAAGUGCAUUAAACUGUGCGAGAAGGGGAUGGAUAAACAUAGAUAUGGAUACUAUUGCAUGUGAAGCAUGUGGAGUGCGUCUUUUAUUUUCUUGUCCACCAUCCUGGAGCCUCCAACAAGUUGAUAAAGCAGCAUCAGUAUUCAGCUUGAAACUGGACAGUGGGCACAAGCUGCUUUGCCCAUGGGUUGACAAUGCAUGUGAUGAAAAGCUAGCACAUUUCCCGCAAAUGUCUACUACUCUUUUAGUGGAGGAAUAUAAAUCCCGUUGUUCUUCUCUGGAGCAGCUUGUAGCUCUACCUAUGAUUUCUCCCGCUGUAGUUAAUUUCUUGAGAAGCUCCCAGUUAGAAGAAUUUCUCAAAGCAUCCACAAUAUUAGAGUCUGUCAACUCCACUGAAAGACUUGGAACAGAUGGUCUUAGAAGCGAGCCAAAAUCAGAUAUUUCUCUAACUUAUUAUCAGGCACAAAGGCUUAUUAGCUUAUGUGGAUGGGAACCCCGUACUUUGCCAUACUUUGUCAAUUCAAAGGACCAAUCAGAUCAAUUUGCCAAGGAUAAACAGAAUGGACAUUUAUCUCAGUUUAGCAGACGGAAUAUUAGUAUUACCUUUUUUUCUUCUAAUGAGGAUAGUGGAGCAAGUGAUGAUAUCCAAACCUCCGACAGAGCAAUAUCUGAUCCAAAUUCUGUUGUGUUGGAGUGUAAAAUUUGUGGGUCCUGUGUUGGAUUGUGGGUAUAUUCUAUGGUUCAACGCCCUCUUGAGUUUUUAAGGUUAAACGGAUAUACAGAUGUUAACAUUGAACGUAUUGCUGAUGAUAAAAGUAAAGAAGGCAUAUCAAAUUCUACAUUUGCUCCUUCAACAACAUCAAAUGUAACUAUUGCAGGUGGCCCACUUCCAGCCAAUCAAAGUUAUAUGGCAAAAAUAUCUCUUCCUAUUGUUGGACACAAUUUAAGAGCCCGAUUUUCAAAUGAUUUUGAAAUAAGGGAUGUCUCAACUUCUGAGAGCUCACUCCUGGUAGGGAAAGAAAAGAACAGUUAUCUGGAUGAACAGGGAAUUUCUGAUCAGAUGGCAACACAAGUUCCAAACGAGAUUGACAAGCUACAGCGUAAUGCAGAUGAUAUCGUGAAAGUUGACCCACCUGUUGAAAAUCAUUCUACAUCUCAAAAUGGAGAUAAUCUGGGAUCAAGUAGAGAAGGUGGAGACACAUAUCAUCAAGGAAAAACUACUGAGCAUGAUGAUGGGCUAGAUGUAGUAACUUACAAUUCCAAACAAGCAAUCAGUCGAGGUGACAACAAGGAUGAUGGAGAAGUAGAACCGGUAGUAACUGUUAACCAAGGUAACAACGAUAAUGAUGCAGUAGAUAGGAUGGUUGAAGACCAUGAUAUUCUGCCCAAUGUUGAUGAUCUUGGAUCCAGUAGAGAAGGUGUCGACACAUCUCAUCAAGGGAAAACUAUUGAGCAUGAUUGUGGGCCAGAGGUAGUAACUUGCAAUUCCAAACAAGCUAACAAUCAAGGUGACAGCAAGGAUGAUGGAGAAGUAGAAUUGGCGGUGGCAGUCAGGCAAGGUGACAGCAAGGAUGAUAGUGUAGUAGAUUUGAUGGUUGAGAAUCAUCAGAUUCUGCUCAAUGUUGAAAAGAUUUCAGAAGAAACAGCACGAAUCAGAGCAUCAGAGUUUGACCCAAUAAGGCUACACAAAUAUUACUGUCCCUGGAUCACAUCUAAUGGUGGUUCUGCACCUGGAUGGCAACAAACAUUAUCUGCAUUAGAGCAUCAACAUGAGCUUUCUCACCCUUCGGUGGCAGAUGCCCCUUCCUCAUCCUUGAUUAAGGUGGAUGAUCCCAUUGCCAUGGUUAAAAGGAUUUUUACGUCUACACGUACAAAACGGAAGAAGCUCAUUCAUCAGAGUUAAAAUGUUAUGUUUGCCUGAAGAUUGCAACUGGUGCAGCAUGCUAUGCCAUUAAAUCAAUGCGGGAUUGGAAACAUUACAGGCAUGUUUGGUAAGAGAUAUGUAGCUAAAAUGGCUGACAGCGACUUUUUGUAAGGGGAAACAUUUGGUUAAACAACAAAUGACAUUGUAAGCCCUUGCUAUAUACUAUCGUAUAUAAUUAGGGAAGAGCAAGUUGGUGGUUUGGCUGGUCUGUUCGUGUGCUGCUUGAGAUGCAUACAUAUGUUAUAAUCUGGAGGGGGCGGGGUGGUUGUAAAACAUCAUAUGGGUUUAUUUAUUAUGAAGUAUGAAUGCAGUACAAGGUUUUUUGUAUUUUUCCCCAUAGUAUGUCAUUUACUGAAGCAAAGCAAAAUUUGUGAUCAACUUGGAGUAGGGAUGUGCUGACGCCUUUUUCUAUUGUAUAGAACCAACUGUUAGGAUGUUUGUAGUUGGACAAAAAUUUUCGGGUCUGGUCAAAUAACUCUGAUCAGAAUUGAUUUGGUUUGAUCUAUGCGUAUUUUACAAUUGUUGAAGUCUGGUCUAGGAUUGUAAUAAGUCCAAGUAAAAACAUCCUUAUUUUUAUAGUCUCAAGCCCAGAUCACAACAUUAAGUCACCUGUC